UGCGCUCCCCUCUCCAGCUCCCAAAAACACGGAGGGGCGGGGGGAGACGGACAGACAGAAAGGAGCAGAUCUCUUCGCUCAAAGGAAUAGGAAGAGUGCAUUCAGACUACAAGGUAUCGCUAUAGCUUCUCUCACGUUCCCUCAAACAGCAGAGCACGGUCUUGUUUUUAUGCGCAGUGUUCCAUCUGUGGUGCCAAGCCAGGAAGAUGCCCAAUCCGGCGACAUGCCCCUUCCCAGGCUCCCGGCUGUGGCUGGUAUCCGUUGCUCUGAUGGUGCAGUCGGUGAUCUCCUCUUCUUCGACCUACCAGAGACCUGCACCCGGCGGCGGGGGGAAGAGAAUGGGGUUCAUGGAGAGGACGCUCAUUUUGCUGGACGUCAACACCCGCAGUCCGGUUCAAGUUCUAAAUGACAACUUCCUCUCUUUACAGUUGGAUCCGUCGAUUAUAAAGGACGGGUGGCUGGACUUUCUGAGUUCCAAGCGUUUGGUAACCCUAGCCCGAGGUCUGUCCCCAGCCUAUCUGAGGUUCGGAGGAAAGAGAACUGACUUUCUCCAGUUCCACAACUUGAAGAACCUUGCCAAGUUCAGAGGCCCCGGCCCAGAUUACUACCUAAAAAACUAUGAAGAUGACAUAGUGCGUAGUGACAUCGCCCUGGACAAGCAGAGGGGCUGUAAGCUGGCCAACCACCCUGACAUGAUGCUGGAGCUGCAGAGAGAGAAGGCAGCUCAGAUGCAGCUUGUCCUCCUCAAGGAACAGCUCUCCAACCUCUACAGCAACAUCACAAUAACAGCCAGGUCUUUAGACAAACUGUACAACUUUGCCGAGUGUGCUGGUCUGCAUCUGGUCCUGGGGCUCAACGCCCAGCAGAGAAACCCUGACUCCUCCUGGAACUCCUCCUCAGCACUCAGCCUCCUCAAAUACAGCGCCGGGAAGAAAUACAACAUCUCCUGGGAACUGGGCAACGAGCCAAAUGGCUACCGUAGCAUGAUGGGUCAGACAGUGAACAGUACCCAGCUAGCCCAGGACUACACCCUGCUGAGAACGUUACUGCAGUCUGUACGCUACUACAGCCGAGCACACCUCUUGGGCCCGAACGCUGGACGACCACGCAAGAACGCCAUUCUGCUGCUCGAUGGGUUCAUGAAGAACGCUGGUUCUGUUGUGGAUGCUGUAACGUGGCAACACUACUACAUGGAUGGCAGAGUGACCAAAGUAGAGGACUUUCUGAAGACACGCCUGCUGGACACCCUGACCGAACAGAUCACUAAAGUACUCAAGGUAGUGAAUAGCCAUGCACCUGGUAAGAAGGUGUGGUUGGGGGGAGUAGGUCCGGCGUGGGCUGGAGGAACCAAUAACCUCUCUGAUACAUAUGCUGCUGGCUUUCUGUGGCUGAACACUCUGGGUAUGGCAGCGAUGCAGGGGAUUGAUGUUGUCCUGCGACACUCGUUCUUCGACUAUGGGUACACACACCUCGUAGACCAGCACUUCAACCCACUACCGGACUACUGGUUGUCCCUGGUGUUCAAGCGUCUGGUCGGUCCCAGGGUGUUGGCAGUGCGGGUAGCAGGCUUGCAGAGGAAACCACGACCAGGGAGGGUUAUACGAGACAAACUACGGAUCUACGCACAUUGUACCAGCUUCCACAAUCGUAACUACGUGAGAGGAUCCAUAACGAUCUAUAUCAUCAACCUGCAUCGGUCGAGGAAGAAAAUCAAGCUGGCGGGAACCUUACGUAACAUGACUGUCCAUCAGUACCUGGUACAGCCCUAUGGGACAGACGGACUACACGCCAGGUCAGUCCAGUUGAACGGAGAAAGGUUGUUGAUGGUGGACAACGAGACGUUUCCGGAGCUGAAGCCUCGAACGCUACGGGCGGGGAGGACAAUAGCCAUGCCCCCGAUGACCAUCGGCUUCUACGUCAUCAAGAACAUCAACGCUUACGCCUGCCGCAAAUAAUACUCAACGCACUCCUCCUCACCCUUCACCCCGAAAUCCUUCACCCUCCCCCCCACACUCCUCACACCCCUCACCUAAUCCCCCUUCCCUCACCCCCUAGCCCUCAUCCCUCACCCCCUACACCCUCCCCUCCUCACCCCUCACCACAUCCACCAUUUCCUAAUACUGGACCACCUCCUUACCCCUCGCUCCACUUAUCCUUAUAUUCUAGCCCUUACUUUCUACCUUCUGGUUCCUUAUCACCAGUCCCUAGUCCCUGGUCUGACUCUGAAAGGCUUGCUCUUUGUCCAAAACAAGGGUUGCACUGAAUACCUUUCAAUCGCUCUCCACACCAACUCCCCAUGUGCUGUGAGAUGGACAGUGAUUAUUCUACUAUGUGAUUUUGUAUUGUUUUGUUAAAAGGUUAUUGAGUUUUGUUAUGACAGAACUUCUAUGUCAGAAGGUUGUAUCAUCCUCCAACAAGACUUCUCUUCCUUGUCUUUGAUCAUCAGAUCUACUAACGGUCACUCAGCUUUGUAUCUGCCAGCGACUCUUAUUGUUUCCCCCGCAAACUCCUUUCAACUCUCUGUUGUUGAUACUCACAAACUCCUGGCAGACGGUUAGACAGAAAGAAGAGAAAACAUGGAGAAAACACAACCAGUCAACCGCAGGGCAUGUGUUAGCUCCAACAGCCAUGUCUGCUGUCUGAUUGGAUUAUCUUGUGUGUGUGUGUGUGUGUGUGUCCGUGUGUGUGUGUGUCUGUGUGCGUGUGUCCGUGUGCGUGUGUGUUCCUGCGUGAGUGUGUGUGAAUACCCCUGCUGAUGAGCCUGUCCUUGUCUAACAUGUCCAUCAGGGAAAACGUUUUAUCUUGCUUUCUGAAACAGCUCGGCUUACAUCUAUAACUAAACGGUUCAUUGGUAAUUGGGAAUCUCUUUGUGGUAUGUCUGUUGUCUGAAGGACAGUUUAAGGCAGCAAUGCACAUCCAGGGUUGGGGAGUAACUGAUUACACGUAAUCUGAUAUAUUAUUUGUAUUUAAUUGUUUUAUUAAUGUAUUCAGUUACAUUAACAGCAAAGAUAUUGUAAUCAGAUUACAGAUACUUUUGAAAAACUAGAUGAUUACUUAUUGGAUUACUUUUAAAUUCAGGGAGGAUGUUUGUGGAAAAAAUACAUUAUGACACCUUUCUGUUUUCUCAAUGACAUAAAAAAAAGGCUCAAGUUUAAGUUUGUACCAUCGGAGCAAGUCUGACCACAAGUCAGAGACCACUAUGAUGACACACCAAGGGGGAAGUAAUCCAAAAGUAACUGAAAGUAAUCAGAUUACGCUACUGAGUUUGGGUAAUCCAAAAGUAACGUUACUGAUUACAAUUUUGGACAGGUAACUAGUAACUGUAACAUAUUACAUUUAAGAAAGUAACCUACCCAACCCCGUCACAGCAGAGUAUCCAUCUUCAGAAAGAAAAGAAAGGGACAGAGUCGGGUUACUGGUUACUGGUCGGGUCACUGGUUUAAUGUUGAUUUUUCUGUAAUACGAAACAACAAACUUUGCAUUUACAGUAUUUCUCUCUAGCAGCACAGAGCUGGGUCAAUAUGAACAUACAGUAUGCAACCGAAAACUUCUUGUCACUCAACCUCCCAUUCAUAUUUCGGAAGCAUACUCAUCACUACACGUCUAGUCCAAUGUACAGUCAUAUUAUGCUGCUAGCUUUUAUAAUCAAAUACUUAUUAAAGGGCAAUUCCAUCACUUUUCAACCUCUUUUUCAUUAUUGACAGCACAAUACAUCGGUCUACAUAUUUGAAAAAGGUACAUUUCUACAUUUUGUAGAACAAGUUCUACCCGAUGACAUCAUUAAAAGCUAAAACAUUUUACAAACAGUGUUUUUCAAACACUAUGAGAUUUGUGGUGACGUGGGGAGCAAGAAAAUACCCUCCCUCUGGCUAGAAACUCGGAGGUUUAGAUGUUGUUUUUUAGGACCUUUCUUCUUAUCUUAUUAGCUACAGAUCAUAGAAACUCAAAUAUGUAGACACUGGUUUGGGACUGGAGAUAAUGAAUAUAAUGUUGAAAAGUGGUGGAAUAGUCCUUUAAGUUUGGAUUGUUUUGUACAGAAUUCCCUUAGCCGGUGUAUCAUCAUCCUAUUUCAAUAUGUAAUGUAUAUAAAAGUGUGUUAAUUACAGAAGAUGCGUGCUUGAAGUGUUUACUUACAUAUCAUUGUAAUUUAAAUCUAAUGUAUAUUUUAUUUGUAUGUAAUAAUUUUUUAUGUUGAGGAAGCAAAAUUUAACUCAAUGGUACCUUUUGGGUAAGACUGAAACAGAACCCUAAGUCAAAUUGAAAAUGACGGUACAGUGCAUGGUAUGUAACUAUUCUCCAGUGUAACUUCAUGGUCAUUGUCUUACAAGAGACACUGUACAGUGUAUGUAUAGGGUUGGGAGAGGUAGUUUUUAUCAUUUUUUAUGUGUGUUAAAUAGUAAUAAGCAUAUUUUUCCUCCUCUGAAUGUGUUUCAUAGUUCAUGUAGAGUUGUUCAUAUUUCCUUUUUUAAAAUAGCAUUAUUUUAUUGUGUUAAGUGUGCAAUUGAGCAUUAUUUUUUGGUAAAGAAAAUAUAUACAGCAAUAAUAAAAUAAUUACAAUAACUUUGAUUUCCAUUGUGAUUCUGCUUAACUUUUGUUUGGGGAUUUUGUUGAUCUAACAAACCACACAUGCAGUAGAUUUAUGUACAAAUUCCUAUUUGGAAAAUCCCACAGUAGCUACUGUAAGCUACUAUGGGCAAAGUAGAUCUACUUAGCCCAAAUAGUACUGUCUCACGCGCAGCUACUGUGUCACGCCCUGACCAUAGAGAGCCUUUUUAUUCUCUAUUUUGGUUAGGUCGGGGUGUGACUAGGGGGGGGUGUUUCU